AAGAGAGGUAACUUUGGACAAAAUGGCAUGGCGAAGGGUCGGAAUAAUAAUGGAAACGUUCCAUUUGCGACCAGUGAAAUCAAUGAAAUUUACAUUUGAUCCGUUUACAACGAAUGUUCGAUCAAUUAGAGAACUUCUACAUAUGGUACAUUCUCCAAAAGUUAUAGCAACAAAUGAUUUGGUAGCUCUUAGAAUUAAUGUCAAAUCUAACCGGUGUGAACCAGUUGUAGAUGUUGACUUCGCUGAUGGAGAAAAGUUGUUAUUAAAAACCAAAAACUUAACUACUAUGGAAAUGUUAGAAAAACUGACUUUAUUUUGUAAUGCUAAAGACAUUAAACGCGAAGAAAUUACACAUAUCAAUACAAAAUUAGAGAAGAAAAAGCCUGGGAAAAGAAAGAAAUAAGACAAAUCAAUUUGUAGUAUUUUAAUGUAGACAAUUAUUGUGAGACAGUAUGUGAAAUUUUGUUAAUAUGCGUGAUCGUUUUUUUUUUUUUUUUUUUUUUUAUGAAAAUAUACCUGUUUCAAUACAAAAGUACAACUAAUUUGUUAGUUACUUGAACUUCUCAAUUGACAAGUGAGGGGUUGGGUGGCUGAAUGGUUAAAUUGUGAAUGUUAGAUCACAAGAUUUGUCAUUGAGUCAAGUGGUGUGGUUUCGAUUCCAUGCUUGUAUGUGACAAGUAGACCUUAGCAUCACAUGUCUAACCUCAUUGGCGUGCAAAUUAUUGAAAUAAAAAAUUGAACCAUAUGUUAGUCCCAAAAUGACAUAGUUUGUGUCAAUUUGGCAUUAAACCCCAUUUCUCUCAAUUGACAAGUGGCUUCAGAUUUUCUAGAAAGUAAACAUACACUGCCUUAUGCAUUACACCUGUCACUACUACAAGCUAAGUGGAUUAAUGACUUGUGCAUAGAUUUCAGAAGCUGUGGAGCUUUUACUAUAAAUUGAUUUCAUCCUGCAUGAUUAAAUAAUUAAUUAUGUUCAUUUAAAAACAUAACUAUGUGUUUGAAAUCCAUGGUACAAUUGAAUAUUCUACCUCAUACAUGUAAAAUAAGUCCUGACUUGAAAAAUAAACCUGUUUACUUAUAUUUCGGAGAGUGACCAACACAAUAUGGAACAUGUCAUAAUGAACAA